AUGGCUUUUGUCGCACCAGCAGUCCGCUGGCCAGACGCAGUAGCAUCACACCUCCCUCAACCACUCAAAGACUCGGGCAUUCCUCCUCAAUACUUUGUCAUCGUCCCUGCAACUCUUCUCGCCGUUCUACUCACCUACACUCUCACCAAGACUUCUUCUGCUGUUCAGAGUGCUCCUCACCUCGCAUCCUCUCUCAACCACACGGAGUAUAUCACAAAACGAUCGAAGGGGAGAUCAUCAACUGUAGUGCUGGUGGGAUUGAGCGACACGGGUAAAACUUCUCUCUUCUCUUCAUUGGUUUAUCAGACUACGCCUGCGACACUUUCUUCGCAGAAGCCCUCACAAGGUCUGAUCACUCCUUCUGCACUCGACAAGGAUGGUGGGAGUCUGAAGCCGGUUACGAUAGUCGACCUUCCCGGUCACCCUCGUUUGAGGCCACUGGCGGAGGAGCAGCUGCACCAAGCAGACGGACUAGUUAUCUGCAUUGACGCUGUGAUGGCAUCCAAAGCCUCCACCAACUCCACCAGCACUCGACUCGGAGAAGGGGAGAGUAUCACCGACGUAGCCGACCUUCUCCACUCCACGCUCACUUGCCUUGCAAAGCAACGCGCUCGAUCCACCUCUUCGCUCGCCCCACCCUCCGUGCUUGUCCUAUUCACACGCGCCGACCUCUCCCCUCUCCUCGGAGGAUCAGCAGCCGGCACUGACCCCACAAAAGACGAGAAACGUCGCGCACAACUCCUCUCACGCUGCCAAACCACUCUUGAAUCCGAAUUGGGCCAACGUAGGGCUAAUAUGGGUCUCAACCGUCGUCGUACAGGAAACGUAAAGAUUGCUGGCUUGGGGAAAGUUGCAGAUGCUGAUCCAGGUUGCGCAGGUGCAAGUGCAAGGGGUGUCUUUGGCUGGAUCAAGCGCGCAUUGGGGCUGCAGAAUGCGGGAGGGAGUGUCUCAGCGGAGACUGAAGGGGGCGAUGAGGAGGAAGAGGAAGAUGAGGUGGUGGAUUAUAUUGAUUGGGCUGCUUCUCAACGUGCAUUAGAGGGUGAGAAUGGAGGUGGGGGAGGAUUCAGUCUGGAAAAGUUGGAUGAUCAUGUAGUUUGGGGUGGAAAGAUGGAGUUUGCGUUGGCCAGUGUGGGGAAGAGUAGGAGCUGGGAUGGGAAAGACGGCGAAGAGAAGGUGGAUCCCAUUGGAGGUCUGGGUGCGUUCAAGGAAUGGAUUGUUGAGCUGCAAAGCUGA